GGAAUCCAUCUGCUCCUGGACCGUUCUCCCACGACAUCGAAGCCUCGGCCGCCAUGGUCGCUCCCGGGCCCUUGCGCCGCUUCGACCCGGCCCGGAUGGGUCUUCCCGCCGGCUUUCAGUUCACCCAGUGGGCUGAAAUGAAAGGGUGAGGCUGCAAGGUCCCGCAGGAGACUCUGCUGAAAUGGCUUUCGAACUUCAACACCAUCACCUCCACCACCCCUCAAGGCGCCCACCCGGGCAUGGACUCGAGCAUCACCCCAACUCGGUUCCCAGGGAUAUCGCUGGUCCAAACGACCGACUUUUUCUAUCCGCUUGUCGACGAUCCAUAUGUGCAGGGCCGCAUCACCUGUGCCAACGUCCUUUCAGACUUGUACGCCAUGGGCGUAGCCGACUGCGACAACAUGCUCAUGCUGCUGGGCGUCGCCCGCAAAAUGGAGCCCGAGGUCAAGGACGCCGUCACCACCCACUUCAUGAGGGGCUUCCACGAUCUCGCCAGAGAAGCUGGCACAGCUGUUACCGGCGGCCAGACCGUACAAAGUCCCUGGUACAUGAUGGGCGGCGUCGCCUCGGCCGUUGUGAGCUCAAGCGAGAUCAUCAUGCCCACCCACGCCGUCGCUGGCGAUGUCCUGGUCCUGACCAAGCCCCUGGGCACCCAGCUCGCUGUCAACGCCCAUCAGUGGCUGUCGAUGCAGGCCACCCACCCGGAAAAGUACGCCCGUGUUGCCGACUUCAUCUCUCCCGACGAAGUCGAAGGCGCAUACGAGACCGCUAUUCUCUCGAUGGCUCGCUUGAAUCAGACCGGCGCUCGGCUGAUGCACAAAUAUGACGCCCAUGCAGCAACGGAUGUGACGGGCUUUGGCAUCCUGGGCCAUGUGCGCAACCUGGCCUCCAAUCAGGAGGCCGAGGUGUCGUUCAUGAUCCACACCCUGCCGGUCAUCAAGAAAAUGUGGCAGGUCGACGCCAAAGUUAGUUUCCGGCUGUCUCUGGGAUUCUCAGCCGAAACGUCCGGCGGCCUGCUCAUUGCCAUGCCCCGGGACAAAGCCAAACUGUUUGUUCAAGAAAUCGAGGACACUGACGGCUGGCCAGCAUGGAUCGUGGGCGAUGUCGUGGAAGGCAACCGGACCGCAAGCCUAUCCGACGAUCUCAAAGUUGUCGACGUCGACUAUCGGCGACUCCUCGACCCCGAGUAGCAUCUGUUCGCCUCGUGCCAACGACAUCAUCAACAUCAUCAACAUCAUCAACAUCAUCAACAUCACACCAUACCACCAUCACACCAUUCGAAAGCCAUUUCAAACGAGUCAACUGUGGGACCGCAGCAGCGACAAUCGCACCCCGGGCCGGAUGACUUGUCAGCAGUCCUCUGGCCUGGUGUUUGCGGCCACUCCCUCCAUCAGCUUUGCCCGCUUGCCCUUGAGAUGAUGCUCAUUGCUGGAAACAUGCUGAGAUGCAACACUGCUCUCGCCUCCAAUGAGCGGACAUGAUGAGCGCCUGCGCUUUGUUCGCUGCAAGAAUAUAGCCUGGCCAAGAAGGGCCUCUCCUGAACCGUGGCAAGUUAAUCCGAAC